CCGACAUGUAGAUUACGGCUAAUCGGCUUAGCUGCAAAGGACUUUGGUUGGUGAUCUGUCCUUUGCCGUCGACGGAUAAACCUUUUGGAACAUAUGAGGUCCGCAAGCUUGCUAUUUAGAUUUACACAGUUGACAAGAACAAAAAAGCGGGUGUGCCUGUCCCAUCUAUGUGGGCUCCAGUCAGUCAGUAUUCCUUUCUUGGCCACGGGGCUUCUUGGUGAAUCGGUGCAUAUGGUUGCUACCUUGGAUCUGUCUGGUCCGUUGCCGCUGGUAAUCACCAGAUUAUUAUCAAUUUAUUUUGCUACUUGGUUAAGUCAGCUCGGUCCAUCUCCAUUUCGCAGUGGGGCCAUAUAAAUCUGGCAAGACAGUGUAGCGGUCGAUGGAAAAUUUCACCGGUUUGCCUAGCUGGUGUCAUAGCCAAGGGGGUUAUACAUAUAUACAUGUAUAUGAUAGCCAGAAGGCAAUAGCCGACGAAUGCUAUCCUAAA